UCAAAGUGAGGAAAGUUUGUUAGAGUUUGUUUGAAUUUGUAUUUGAAAGGCUGGUCUUCAAAAAGAUAUUGAAGGCUAAUGUUAUUUAAUUUAGUGAAUCGUAAUGAAUUUAAAUUUUAGUUUAGUGUUGUCUACACUAAUUGUGUUUCUUGCCAAUGGAUUACUUGUUACAUCAAAUGAACCUGGCACUGUAACUUAUUUUGUACUAGCAUCAAGGAUUAUUAGACCAGGUCAAAUAUACAAAGUUAUAGCCACUGUCUAUGAAACUACCGGUACUCUUGUCACUGUAAGAGCAUCAAUUUUAAGGGAUGGAGUUGAAAUAGACUCAACUCAGAAUGAUUGUUCUUCUGGUAUUCCUGAGGAAUUAUUACUUCGUGUUCCAGUAAAAGUUAACCCUGAUGGAAAAUUCAGGCUUCGUGUCGAGGGCAACAUUAAAGGUGUCCUGGAGGGCACAGCUUUCCUGGAGGAAACAAAUCUCACAUUCUAUCAAAGAUCUAUGACUAUUUUCAUAACAACUGACAAGCCCAUCUAUAUGCAAGGACAAACUGUCAAAUUUCGUUUUGUGCCCAUCACAACUGAUUUGAAAACCUUUUCCGAUGCUGUUGAUGUUUACAUGAUUGAUCCUAAUGGAAAUGUUGUUAAAAGAUGGCUUUCUCGUCAAAGUAAUCAAGGAGCUGUUAGUUUGGAACAUACGUUGUCAAUGCAACCAAUCUAUGGAAACUGGUCUAUUAAGGUUGUGGCUCAGGGACAAGAAGAGACGAAGCAGUUUCUUGUCGAAGAAUAUUAUCAAACACGUUUUGAGGUUAACGUAUCGAUGCCUGCUUUUUUCCUAAACACCGAUGAAUACAUUUAUGGUUCUGUUAUGGCAAAUUUCACAAGCGGUGCACCAGUAACGGGUAAUUUAACCAUAUUGGUUACUGUUGAUCAAUCUAGAGGUCCAGGAUCGGGACCAAAGCUUCCUGGAAUUGAAGAGUCAAUUAAAUAUUUCGAUGGUUACUAUGAAUUUCGCUUCAAGAUGUCAAAAUUAUCUCAGAUGAUUGGCGGAAACUCUUUAGAUGGUGCCAAAGUAACGGUUCAUGCUUCUGUUGGUGAAUAUUUUCUCAAUCUAAUUCACCGAGGAUAUUCACGAGCUUACAUAUUUGGAUCUAAAAUAAAACUGUCUUUUCUGGGUUCAAGUCCGCAAGUUUUCAAGCCUCACAUGCCUGUUAAAAGUUAUCUUGCUGUAUCAUACCAAGACGGAUCCCCAUUGCUUGAAUCUAGAUUGGUACAGGAAAAGAUUAACGUGACAAUAAAAUUUUACAAUCAACAAGGUCUUUUUUACACGACUACUCGCACUUAUUCAAUGUCAACCCAGUAUCGAGGAAUAUGGGAAAUCUCGAUUGAUCCUAAGACUGAACUCAAAUCGGCACGAAACGUUGAAUCAAUUCAUCAUUGUCGCAUUGAAGCCUUCUACAUGGAUUCAUUCAAAGACUCGGCUCGAGCAUCUCUCGACCUUUACUCAUCCUAUGCGCCAUCCAAUCGACUUAUCCAAGUGUCAACUAGCACAUCUGAACCAAGGGUUGGAGAGUACAUUAUUUUCCAUGUGCGAUCCAAUUAUUUUGUGGACAGAUUUUCUUAUGUAAUUAUUUCCAAAGGAAUAAUAUUGACAACAGGCAGAGAAGAGAUGCCAACAAAUAUAAAAACCUUUUCGGUAACUUUAUCACCUGAAAUGGCACCCUCAUCAACCAUCAUCAUCUACAACAUAGCCCGAGGUGGAGAAGUUAUUUCUGAUGCUUUGACCUUUUCGGUUGACGGCAUAUCACGAAACAAUUUCACUAUUAGUCUCAACAAUCAGAAAGACAAAACUGGUGAUACCGUUGAAAUCGUAAUUUAUGGUCAGCCUGGAACCUAUGUUGGUAUUGCUGCUUUAGAUAAAGAUGUAAAUGCGUUAGAUGCUGGUAAUCAAAUUAAUCAUGCAGAUGUACUCAGAAAAAUGAGCACUUUUGAUCAUCAAACCAACAGCAGUCUAACUCAUGUGUGGAUCUCUCGCGAAGGCUCAGUUGAUAAAUUUAUUCAUUUUCCCUCUCCAACAAUUGGAAUUGAUUCAAAUAAAACUUUUGAGUAUGCCGGACUGAUAGUAUUCACUGAUGCAAAUAUCACCCAACGACCGGAAACCUGUGGACCUGGAGAGUAUCAAUGCCUCAGUGGAGAUGGAUGUUACCGAGAUUCCCAUAAAUGCGAUGGAUCCAAUAAAUGUUCAGAUGGUACCGAUGAAAAUGGAUGUCCAGUUCAUGAUCCUUACGGCUUGUCUCAAUUCAGAAUUCAUAGGAACAAUCGCAUUCAUCGUAUUUAUGAAAAUUCCUGGCUUUGGAAAGAUAUUAACAUUGGGCCUCAUGGUUAUUUUACUUUUAACGUACCCGUUCCACAAACUCCAGCAAAAUGGUUGAUAACAGCUUUUGGUAUAAGCAAUUCCCAAGGAUUUGGACUUCACCAGAAAACACUUGAAUAUUCAAGUGCUCGGCCAUUCUUUAUGAACGUUGAAAUGCCUUCACUUUGUACUAUUGGUGAACAAAUUGGUAUCCGAGUCAGCAUUUUCAAUUACAUGGAUUCGCGAAUUGGUUUUGGUAAUUUAGCUAAAUCUCAAGAUUACAAAUUUGUUCAUGUUGAAGAGCACGGUUUUGUAUCUUCAUAUUCACCUCGAACCUCUUCAGGAGAGCAUCAGCAUUUAGUUUUUAUUCGUCCACAAAAGACUGCUACAGUUUACAUUCCGAUUGUUUCCCAACGAUUAGGGAAUAUUACUGUAACCAUAAUUGCCAAAACACAAGUUGCCAAAUCUACUGUUAAUAAAGUUAUCAGAGUUGAAUCUGAUGGAAUCCCACAAUACUUACACACUGCUGCUGUUCUGGACCUUUCUCAAGGAGCUCAUCUAAUGAAAUAUUUAGAUACAAAUCUAACUGAUACUCCAAUUAUUCCCUUAAGGAAUGACCGUCGAUACAUUUUUGGUUCAACCAAAGCAAGAAUCUCAAUUGUUGGAGAUGUUGUGGGACCUGUUUUUCCGUCUAUGCCAUUGACUUCUGAAAACUUGCUUCGUAAACCCUAUGGCUGUGCUGAACAAAAUAUGUUUAAUUUUGCUGCCAAUAUGUACACUCUGCUUUACUUAAGAUUAACUGGUCAAAAAAGUGCCGACCUAGAGAAACAAGCUUUUCAUUAUUUAAAUAUACAAUAUCAAAGGCAACUUAGCUAUCAGAAUGAGGACGGAUCUUUUAGUGCUUUCCGAUUUGGCGAAAAACCAAGUGUUUGGUUAACCGCUUUCGUUGUCCGAAUAUUUCACAAAGCAACAUUCCAAGAAUGGGAAAGCUAUCUUUAUAUUGAUCGCAAGAUAAUUGAAAAGGCAACCCAAUGGCUCUUAACUCACCAAACUUCGGAAGGAGCCUUUUACGAGAUAGGUUUACAACCAUAUGAUCGAAAAAUGAAUUCAUCUUCAAAAAUAGCAUCAGAUUCCGUUCGAUAUCGAAAUAUUUCCCUGACUGCGCACGUAUUGAUUUCCCUUAGUCAACUCCAUGGUUUAAGUGGCCAUUUAAGUCCCUUGAUUUCCAACGCUAAACACACUGCUGUUCAAUAUCUUGAAAAAAUGUUAGCUGUUGUCAAAUCUCAUGAUGACCCAUAUGAACUUGCAAUAGUAACUUAUGCUUUAACAUUGGCCAACUCAGCAGAUGCUGAAUCUGCAUUUAACGAGUUAGACAAUCGAAUGAGAGAAGUUAGUGGAAUGCGAUAUUGGAGUAAACUUCCCUUACCUGGUCCUAAAACAACUAUUGAAAAUAAUCGACCUUAUCUUUUACCCCGACGACCCCAUGAGUAUGAUGCUUUGAACAUUGAGACGACAGCCUAUGGCUUAUUAACACACAUUAUUAAGACUGCAGUCAUUCAACGAGAAAUUGUUGAAUGGUUAAACACCAAUCGACUGCACAAUGGAGGUUGGGCAUCAACUCAGGACAGUAUUAUAGCACUUCAAGCUCUUGUCGAAUAUUCCAUUCAAUCGAGAAUCCGAGAUAUUACCGACAUUGAAGUGACUAUUGAAGCUCCAUCAUCACCAGAAUUUUCAGAACGCAUUGAAAUAAACAGUCAAAAUCUUGCAAGACUACAAUCAUUUGAGAUUCCAAAAGCUUAUGGUCCGGUUAUCAUAAGAGCUCAAGGCUCUGGUUUGGCAAUCAUUCAAUUAGAUGUUCAGUACAAUGUUGAUUGGCCGCAAUUUCAAAUUCCACCUCCUAUCAGAGCUUUUACUCUGGACGUUAAGCUUCGUAGUUUUGGUCGGAACAAUUCUCACAUCAACUACAGAGCUUGUUCCCAAUGGAUUUUAACAGAGGAAAGUACAUCUUCAGGAAUGGCUGUGUUAGAUUUAACCAUUCCCACUGGUUACAUUAUUCAACAGCAAGAUCUUGACGCUUACGUGAAAUCUGGUAAAGUUAGAAACUUAAAAGAGGCCAAAUUCUCAGAAAGAAAAGCAUUAUUCUAUUUCGAUUACUUGGAUUCAAAUCCUAUCUGUGUUACAUUUACCACACAACGCUGGUAUCCUGUUGCUAACAUGUCCCGUUUCAUACCUGCAAGAGUAUAUGAUUAUUAUGCACCAGAACGUUAUGAGGAGCAAAUGGUUAGCACUUAUGAUCUCUAUCGAUUGAGCAUUUGUCAUGUUUGUGGGUCGUACCAAUGUCCAUAUUGUCCAAUAUUCAGUGGAGCCCAAGGAGUUACCAAAAUCAAUUUACAAAUGAUGCUUUUGUCAUUUAUUAUUUUGAUUAUAACAACCAGACAGCUUAAUCAGAAUCUCAUUUUAGUGACUUAGCAUUUUACAUUUACUAUUUCGUAUUAUUUUCUACCAAAAGCUCUUUCUCAAACUUAUGAUUCCCUCCAUCUUUGACUGAUUGUAUUCAAUCAAACACAAAGGGUACUAAAAUGGUGGACACACACACAAGACAAAAACCAAGUGCCUGGCUAACUAUUCAACCAUGGAUUUUUAUCCUCAAGAUAUUCAUGGAAGAAGCCAAAGAUCUCGCUUUUCAAAAUGUUUUUUCUCUACUCUUUUUUUGUUCUUUCUAAACUAUCUUUUCAUCGAUAUUAUCAUCUUCAUCUUAGUUGUGAUUAUCUCCAGCAUCACAUAUUUCACGCGGCUCUUCAUCAUCAACCAUGAACAAAAAUUUCCUCGACUCAUCAUUUCAAUCGUUUUCCUACGAAAAAAAGGCUCUUCGAUUGUAUUCAAAAUUGCCAGCCUCAAUGUUUUUUGAUAGAUUUGAUUAAAUACGCAUGUUAUAUAUACAAAUAUAUUUAUAAUUA